GAGGCGGGGCUUCUGUGACGUAUACGGAAAAGGUUUUCAGGCGUGUUUGUGUCCCUGAAGUUUCAUGGUGAGUCAGUCAUGUCAUCGGCACGUGGACAGCUGUGCAUACAUGUUUCUUCAUCAUCAUCAUCAGGGUCCAGCAGCAAUAAACUCCUGACGACUCCGCACAGAUGGACUUCAAAGAGGCAGAGAGCAGAGAGGAAGAGGAGGUUCAGCUCCUCACAGGAGGAGGAGGAGGAGGAGAGACGACAGCUUCCUCACAAAACUGAGGAGACUCGCCUGCAGGCUCCGCCCACUGAGCCACUACCACUGAAGAAGGACAGGAAGGAGGGGACGAAGACAGAAAGACACAACAGCAUCAAGACUUCAUCUCUGUUUAAACACAACCCAGAGAUUCCAGAAAUCCACAGACCAGCUGUUUCUCAGGUAAAGGAGACGAUCUUCACCUCUGACUCGUUCUCAGACCUCCACCUGCAUCCACACCUGGUGGCGACACUGAACAAAGUUCUGAACAUUUCCACGCUGACCAGCGUCCAGAAGCAGACCAUCCCCUCUCUUCUGUCCGGACGAGACUCUCUGGUCCGCUCUCAGACCGGUUCAGGUAAAACUCUGUCCUACGCCGUCCCGCUGGUUCAGAGUCUUCAGUCUGUCCAGCCAAAGGUCAGCAGGUCCGACGGACCGCUGGCCCUCAUCAUCGUCCCCACCAGAGAGCUCGCUCUGCAGACCUUCCAGACCGUCCAGAAACUCCUCAAGCCGUUUACCUGGAUCGUCCCAGGUGUGCUGAUGGGAGGAGAGAAGAGGAAAUCUGAGAAGGCCCGGAUCCGUAAAGGAAUCAACAUCCUGAUCUCCACUCCUGGACGUCUGGUGGACCACAUCCAGCACACCCUGAGCAUCGCCUUCAGCGCCGUCCGCUGGCUGGUUCUGGACGAGGCCGACAGGAUUUUGGACCUGGGCUUUGAGAAGGAUCUGACGGUCAUUUUAAACAACCUGAACUCCACGGGACCGGCCCGGCAGAACGUUCUGCUGUCUGCUACUCUGACACCAGGUGUGACCCGGCUGGCAGAUGUUUGUCUGAAGGAUCCAGUCAGCAUCCAUGUUUCUGGCUCCGCCUCCAUCGCUGCCCCAGCAGUCGUGACCUCUGACCCUCCUCCAGCCGGCCAAUCAGAGAGCUUCGUGGUACCGGAGGCUCUGAAGCAGUUUGUUGUGGUGGUUCCCAGUAAACUGCGCCUGGUCUGCCUGGCUGCCUUCAUCCUAGACAAAUGCAAGUUUUUGGACAACAAAGUCAUCGUGUUCAUCUCGAGCUGCGAGGCUGUCGAGUUCCUCCAUUCGCUCUUCGCUGCCGUCUUGUCCGAGCGCCCGGCCAAUCAGGAGCUCCGGUUCCUGCGUCUCCAUGGCAACAUGAAGCAGGAGGAGCGCUCAGAGGUGUUCGAGGAGUUUUCCGGGUCUCAAACCGGAGUUCUGCUGUGUACGGAUGUAGCAGCCAGAGGGUUGGACCUUCCUCAGGUCUCCUGGAUCCUUCAGUACACUCCUCCGGCCUCGGCAGCAGAGUACGUUCACCGUGUGGGUCGCACGGCUCGGAUGGGAGGAAGAGGAAACGGCCUGCUCUUCCUCACCCCCACUGAGACCGCCUUCGUCACAGAACUGGCCAAUCACAACAUCAGCCUGUCGGAGAUAAAGCUGCAGGACAUUCUGUCCUGUCUCAUGAGGGACAACACCUACAAGGGGCGGGGCAAGUACCACAGCCAGACUUCGUCCAAAGCGCUGGAGCAGGAGGUCCGUGAACGCGCCACCGUCCUUCAGACGGACUUCGAGAACUUUGUGCACUCGAGCGCUCAGUCCCUGCAGGCUGCUAAGAAAGCGCUGCAGUCCUUCCUGCGGGCGUACACCGCGUAUCCCACGCCCCUUAAACACAUCUUCCACAUCCGCUCCCUCCACCUGGGACACACGGCCAAGAGCUUCGGCCUCAGAGACGCUCCGCAGGGCCUGAGCUCCUCCUCGGGCCCCAGGGGCCCCGGCAACAAGGGCCGCACCCAGAACCAGGGCAGGAACCGGGCUGAGACUCCGCACAAGAACCAGAACCAGACUGCUGGAAAGAAGAAGUUCCAUCCGGGUCGGAGGGAGGUGGUUCUGCUCCGGUCCGAGUUCUCCAGCGGUCUGGAGGGAGGAGACACCGUGAGGAGCAAGAGGAGGAAGAAGAGGAGUCAGGAGGACGAGUGAGGAGGCGGCCAUCUUUAGAGUUUUGUUUUGUGACCGAUGGUAGCCCGUUACGGUCCAGUUCACUGAGAAGCUGUCCAGGUCAGAACCCGUUUGACCCAAGUGGACUGAAGGUUCUGUUCCACCGGAUCAACAGAACUGUUUGACAGCGGUCUAACGAGGCAGAACCUGAAGAAACCCGAAGAACCGGUUCCGAACACAAACUGAAGAUUUUCAUGAGUUAAAAAAUAAAAUCUGUUUUAGUCGUUUUCAAUAAAUCCUGUUUGUGAUUUUACUGAUUUUAAAGUCCCUCAGAACCGUCUGUGUCCAGCUGA